AUGAUAAAGAAGAUUUACAGAUGCCACCAUGGGCAACAGAGGAAGGCCAAGGAAGGAACCUGUAGGCACAGCAAAGACACAGGUUGCUGUGCGAAACUUACAACCUCCAUUAGGAGGGCAGACACAUCCAGUGGGAGGAAAAGCAGAAACUCAGAUCCCCAACUGGCAACCCACCCAAUGCUGGUCAGCCUCAAAUGGGUGCAUAAUCAUGCCAUCUCCAUCCCUGCACCACUGAAUGUGAGCGCUGAGACCUGCGAGAAGCUUGCAGAGUUUUACCGGAAUGGGCAUUCUCCAGCCAGUGCCCUUAAUCUGCUGGAGAUGGAGAUGCAGGAUAGAUCUCCUGAUGAAUUUAUCAUGAAAUCUGCAGACCGGUCUCUCUGCCCAGAUUUGAAGUUCUGUUAUAGACUCUAUUACAAGAUUUUCCAACGGGCCUAUGGUUCCUCUGAUGGAGCAGAUAUGAUAGCUUCAGUGGAGGAGAAGGUCAUUGCCAAAUACAAUGCCGAGGCUGGAAUGACGUGUGCAAAGAUGGAGAGAACCAGCAAUGAAGAUCUGAUCAUUGCUAUUUGCACGCCAUUGAUGCAGCGUGUUCACUCUAUAAUUGUUGUAAUAGAUUCUACAGGGUCCCCUUAG